AUGGCGGCGGCGGCGGUGUGGCUCGGCGGUGGUGGCGCUCCGGUGUGGGAGGAGCGGCAGGACCGGGCUGGGGAGGUUUGGUGGAAGAGAGAAGACAUUCUCCGCAUCUCUCUCUCUCUCCCCGCGUUCUUAUCAGCAGCAGCUGGCUCGCCACGUUCCUGUACCAGCAGCUGCCGAGACGAGCGCGCGCGAGGCUCCGAGGUCCAAGAGCUCAAGCUCUCCCCGACGCAUGCGCGGAUCGAUCGAUCCAGCCCGAGCGACGGGAGGCGGCGGCGGCAGAUCGACCGGCAGCUGACUAAGGUGGAUCCCCGGAGGCAUGGCAAGAGGCCCCUACCCGCCGACGAGGAGGAAGAGGAGCCGCCGCCCCCGCCGCCGGCGAAGCUCGAGCAGCUGGAUGUCGAGGAGCAGUACCACGUCUCGCAGCUGCAAGGAGCGACCUUUAUUAGCGGCAGCGGCGGCGGAGGGUCGUCGUCGUCCCCCGCCGGCGCCGCGGGCCCGUCGCCGGAGGCGUACGCGCAGUACUACUACUCGGCGCGCGCCGACCACGACGCCACCGCCGUGGCCUCCGCGCUAGCGCACGUCAUCCGCGCCUCCCCCGACCAGCUCCCGCCGCAGGCCUUCUACGCCGCCGGCGGCGCCCCGGGCCACCAGCAGGGAGACCACCAGCAAGCAGCGCCGCACCACCACGCCGCCGCUGCCGCCGAGGAGGAGCAAGGUCGGAGGCGGCACUACCGAGGGGUGCGGCAGCGGCCGUGGGGGAAGUGGGCGGCAGAGAUCCGGGACCCCAAGAAGGCGGCGCGGGUGUGGCUGGGCACCUUCGACACGGCGGAGGACGCCGCCAUCGCCUACGACGAGGCGGCGCUCCGGUUCAAGGGCACCAAGGCCAAGCUCAACUUCCCGGAGCGCGUCCAGGGCCGCACCGACCUGGGCUUCCUCGUCACCCGCGGCGUCCCGGACCGGCACCACCACCAAGGCGCGGCGGUGAUGCUGUCACCGCCGCCGCCCCGGCCGCCGCACCGGCAGCACCAGCACCAGACCGUGGUGCCGUACCCGGACCUCAUGCAGUACGCGCAGCUGCUGCAGGCCGGCGGCCGGGGCGGCGGCGGUGACAGCGCCGAGGCGGCCACCGCGGCCCAGCAGGCGGCGCAGGCGCAGCUCAUGAUGCUGGCCCGCGGCGGCGGCGGCGGCGUCAACCUGCCGUUCGGAGCCGCGUCGCCGUUCUCGCCCUCGCCCUCGCCCUCGUCGGCGCCGCAGAUCCUGGACUUCUCCACGCAGCAGCUCAUCCGGCCCGACCCGCCGUCGCCGGCCGCCGCGAUGUCGUCGUCGGGCGCUGCUCCGUCCACGCCGUCGUCCACGACCACGGCGUCGUCGCCCGGUGGCGGUGCAUGGCCGUACGGUGGGGAGCACCACAGGAAUAAAAAAGACGCGUGAUCCAGCUGGCAUAGCCCGGGGGGGAUAUGCAUGCAUGCAAGUUGCCAUCACUUGCAAUGCAAGAGGAUCAGACCAAGUAGCUGCAUAUAUGGAGGAAUAUGCAUGCAAUAUGGGGUAAGUGGCAGUGGUGAUUUUUGCUGGAAGCACAAGCAUUUCUUGGCCAUUUUUCUCUUGUUUUUUUUUCUUUUCGCAAUGCAUGAUCUUCUUUUGUUCAUUUCUUGGAGGAUCCUCACUACUUUAGAGAGCUAGCUAGCUAGCUGCUAGAGCUUGCUACCUUCCUUGUUUACUGGUGUGUUGCUCAUCAUCUCUUUAAUUUGUUCAAGUGUCAACUAAUUAAUUGUGCAAACUAAUCCAAAAGCAAGAAGAGAGUAAUCUUAUUGAUGCAAUAUACAGGACCUGUUUUUCU